GUUAGUUUUUGACCUUAGUAUUCACCAAAAAUAGAACACCAUAACAUAAUAACUAGUAAAGUUGUCCAUAACAAACCUGUUAAUUAAUUUUCAUUAUACAUAGUAUAUAAAAGGAUAGUCUAUGUUUAAAAGAUUUUUAUAUCUACGAUAGAUAGUCACAAAAUUCUCUCUGUGCCACUUAUCAUCUUCUACAACCGAGGAGUGCAGAAUGCAACAGAGUCAAACUUAUAAAUCACAACUUCCUCCUAGUUACCCAAUGGUCAUCACAGAUCAACCAAUGUCGCAAGUAACAUUCAGUGAUAUACCAGUAACCUUACAUUGUCCGUCCUGUGGACUAAAUACUUUAACUAGAUUGGAGUACAAAAAUGGUUUAUUAACUUACCUAGCUUGUUGUGGUAUAUGCCUAGUUGGUGGAGUUUUAGGUUGUUGCCUUAUACCAUUUUGCGUAAACAGUUGUAAAGAUGUGAAUCAUGUAUGCCCACAUUGUCAGCGUGCUGUGGGAAAUUACCACAGACUAGGAAACUGAAUGUUCAAUAUGAUGAAAGAAACAAAAUUAAUCAAUGAUAAUGAAUUCCUAUUUAACAAAUAAAUAUAGAGUUCAAAUAUAAUUACAAUAAUAAUCUUGUUUUGUAUUCUUAGUAAGUUAUUUUAAGUGAUUAUUUAUUUCUAUUUAUUCCUUUAAUUAAAUUGUAAAGGCAUUUUAUAUAAUCAGAUGUUUAUAGAAUAAAAUAGUUAAUAUUGAAA